UUUAAAUGUUUAAAAGAUGUUUAGCUCAGUUACAUCGUUUCGUCGAGUUGAACUUGUCACGUGUGUGACUCGUCACUGUUGCGCGCUCGUGUUAUUUGCGUGUUAUUAUCGCGCUGGUCAGUCGGUGCUAGCUCAGCUAGCUAGCUAGCCUGGUUUGUUUACAUGCUGGCAGCUGGAGUCUCAGUCUGGUUCUGCUGGUUUCAGGUCAGAGGAUUUAAAAUGGAGGCUGUGGUUUGUUUCACAGUUUCUGGGGUUUUCACCUGUUGGAGCUUCAUGAACUCAACUUCCUCCCUUGAGAGAAAGAACCACACAAACUGGUUCUUCCUGCAAAACCAGUUUAAAUCAGUGAAGAGGAGAACAUGGAACCAUUGAAACCAACUUAGCUCGAAUGAGCUCCCUUCAGAUUUAUAAUCUAUGAAAAGAUAUUUGUGUUUUCUCGAGUGGUAAAUGUUUAAAUUUCAAACUAUUUCAUUUCAAACCUUUAAAAUGGACAGGGAGGUCUGUCUCCUGUUGUAUUGCUGAUAUGUGUUAUAGAAGUUUAUCAGUAUGUCAGUGUUUAUUUCUAAUAAUCUUUAUUUGGAUCUCACGGAGGCCGAGAGCUCAACGCACUGCACGUUCAGAAAACAUCUGCAAAUACAGAAACGUGCUGCAAGUUGUGACAACGACACUGGAAACAAUAAAGUGACGAUCCUGCUGCAGUUCAAUGUUUUGCGAAGUUCCAUCGCCACUGACGAGGAGCAGACUUCCAUAACUUCUCAAAGCUGAACAUCCUUUUCCUGGAUCCACACCAAACUUUAAUGGGCACAUAUUUGGAUCAUGUUCCACUCGCCAACAAAAUUUCCUGGAAAUCGUUUGAGUAGUUUUUGCGUAAUCCUGCUAAAUAACCAACUAAUAAAAAACACAUUAAUGUUCUGUGAAAACUGACAAAACUAAAAUGAGCAACGUUAUGAUUAGAAACUGAUCUCUCAGGACAGAUGUUCACACAAAGUGUAGAACACCUCCUCUCGUCCAGUCAGGUAUUCAUGUUGUCCUGUUGCUCUUCAGAUGUUGUCCAGAGUGACGGAGGUGAAGUAGCAGGAGGAGGGAUGACUGACUUCAGACCAGCCGAGCUGCUCUCGGGCCUCUGUCACACGGACGAGGAGGAUCCUUUCCCUCUGUGGCAGGAUGGACACGUCAGCUCCUGCUUCAACCAGCUGGUGCUCGGAGCCCUGCCUCAUGCUGGGAUGGCGAUUUUCAGCGCCUGCUACCUCAGCAUGGUCAGAUGCAGCCUCCUGCAGACGUCUCCUCCCUGUGGCUGGACGCUCCGGCUGGUGUCAGCUCUGUUGGCCGCGCUGCUCUUCACUGCAGACGUCAUCCUGGUGAGCGUCCUGCAGCAGGGGGACAUGUACCUGGACCUUCUGACUGACAGCUGUGCCAUCCUGGCCUGGCUGGUCCACCUCUGGGCCAUAGCAGCGCUCCAGAAAACUGCUUUCAGGAGAACCAGAGGACCCCUGCUGCUGCUUCUGCUCGUUCUCCUGUUGAUCCCCAACCUUGUCAUCACCCUGAUUAUUUACUGUGAAAGUGACGGAUAUUUAAACCUCACAGAACCUCUUAAACUGGCACGAUUUGUCCUCGCCGCAGCCCGGACUCUCCCUCUCCUGAUGUACCUCCUGGCGUUUGCGUUUCCCUGCAUCAGUGAAGCCGGGUACACCUUGUAUAUUAACGCUGUGGACGGAUCCCCGCUCAUCCCAGAGAGCACCCAGACAGACACAGGGGAGAUGGUGGCGGAGGACGGGAGUGGCUGCAUCUCUCGACUCUUCUACCUGUGGUUGACUCCGCUCCUCAGACGAGGGCAGCGAGGAGAGCUGGACAGACCUGCCGAUGUUUAUCAUCUUCCUCGGAAACUUCGGACUAGUGUGGUUUGUCGAUACUUCCAUCAGUGCUGGGAAGCCUGCAGACGAGGGGCCGGAGGCGGUAACGAUCAGGAUCAGUGGCCCAGGCCGGUGAGCAGGAACCUCCUGAACGGCACCUGGAGCUCACACUACCUGGAGGAGCCCCUGGAGCUGGAGGGGGACGUAGGCCUGCUGAGGGUCCUGCACAAGGCGUUUGGGUGGAGGUAUUACAUGCUGGGUGUUCUGAAGGUGGUGGUCAACCUGCUGGGCUUCACAGGUCCCCUGCUCCUCAGCAGUCUGGUGAACUUUAUGGAGGAGGACAAUGCCCCGGUUAGCAGAGGAGCCUUGUGCGCACUCGGGCUUUUUGCCACCACGCUGCUGUCGUCCAUCCUCCGAAACGUCUUCACCUUUGAGGUAUCCAAGGUGGCGCUGUCGGCUCGCGCCGCUCUGGUGUCGGCCAUCUACGGCAAAGCCCUGCGGGUCAGUGGCAGCAGCUUGGCCAGGUUCAGUAUGGGAGAGGUGGUGAACUUGAUGAGCACGGACACCGACCGGGUGGUCAACUUCUUCAACAGUUUCCACCAGCUGUGGAGUCUGCCCUUCAGCUUCAGCAUCGCCCUCUACCUGCUGUAUCUGCAGGUGGGCGUGGCUUUCCUCGGCGGGCUCGGCGUGGCGCUGCUGCUGUUGCCGCUCAACAAGUUCAUCGCUUCACGAAUCAUCAGCAACAACAAACACAUGCUCAGGUUCAAGGACAGCCGCGUAAAACUCAUGACAGAAAUCCUCUUCGGCAUCCGUGUCAUCAAGUUCUACACCUGGGAGCCUCACUUUAUUCAGAAGGUGGCCGACUGUCGUAAACGAGAGCUGUCCCACCUCAAGGUUAUCAAAUACCUGGACGCCAUGUGCGUGUACACGUGGGCCGCGCUGCCGGUGGUCAUCUCCAUCCUCACCUUUGUGACGUACGUGAUGCUGGGACAUCAGCUGACUGCAGCCAAGGUGUUCACCACGCUGGCCCUGGUGGGAAUGUUGAUCAUCCCACUCAACUCCUUCCCCUGGGUCCUCAGCAGCAUCCUGGAGGCCAAAGUGUCUCUGGAACGAAUCCAGCGCUUCUUCAAACUGACCGACCAGGAUCUGCAGGCGUACUAUGCUCUGGUGUCUCCGGAAGACGACCAGACGUCGGUCCUGUUGAGCCAGGGGACGUUUUCCUGGCAGGGGCCUGGUGGUCCGGACCAGAGCCGAGAGGGAAGUGAACCUGGAGCCGCUAAAGGGAGUUUGAUGCUGCACAGCCUCAAUCUACACGUCACUAAGGGCUCUCUGGUGGUCGUGGUUGGCAAAGUCGGCUGUGGAAAGAGUUCCUUACUGGCUGCGCUCACCGGGGAACUCAACAGGAUGAGCGGCGUGGUUUACGUUGCGGACAGAGACGCAGGCUUCGGUCUGGCCUCUCAGGAGCCGUGGCUCCAGCAUGCAUCGGUACGAGACAACAUCCUGUUCGGCAAAGACUACGAUCCCGCCGUCUACCAGGCCGUGAUCGAGGCCUGUGCUCUCGCAGAUGACCUCAACGUUUUGCCAGACGGUGACAGGACAGAAGUGGGGGAGAACGGCGUGACGCUGAGCGGCGGACAGAAGGCUCGGCUGGCGCUCGCCAGAGCUGUGUACAUGGACAAAGACAUCUACCUCCUGGAUGAUCCGCUGGCGGCCGUCGACGCGGACGUGGCCGAGCACCUCAUGCAGAAAUGCAUCGUGGAGCUUCUCAGGGGAAAGACCAGAAUCCUUUGCACACACCGUAUAGAGUUUGUGGACAAAGCUGACACGGUGGUCCUCAUGGAGAACGGAACAAUAAUCAAAACAGGUUCUCCAGCAGAAAUCCUCCCUUUGGUCGAGGCUGUGCCGAAAAACCGGAAGAACGACCAGAAUGCGAGAGAGAAAGGUGCGGCGAAGCAGGAUGAGGAGGAGCCGGGUUCGCCGCCCGAUCUGCUGGUGGAUGAUGAUCCCGACCAGUUGGGGGCGGAGCAGAAGCAGGCGGGCGGGCUGGCGUGGACAGUUUACCAGACCUACUGGGCCGCUGUGGGCGGAGUCCUGGCCUCCUCCGUCCUGAUGUCUCUGCUCCUCAUGCAAGCCUCUAAGAACGUCUCUGAUUGGUGGCUCUCUCACUGGAUCUCCGAGCUGAGAAACAACGGUUCCACGAGGUCCAAUGGUUCAACUCCAGGUUCAUUCAUCUCAUCUCACCUGCUGCUCUUCUCACCUGGACAACUAAUGUCUCCGCUGGCGUCCGUGGAAACGUUCUCGUCCAGCAACAUGAGCUCUGACGUCAGGUUUUACCUGAGCGUGUACGCCUCCAUCGCCGCGGCCAACACCGUCUUCACUGCCCUCCGAUCCGUCCUCUUCGCCUACGGAGGCAUCUGCGCCGCCACAGCCGUCCACAACAGACUCCUGGAUCGGGUCCUGAAGGCCACAGUGACUUUCUUCGACACCACCCCUCUGGGACGCGUCCUGAACCGGUUCUCCUCGGACCUGUACAGUGUGGACGACAGCCUGCCCUUCAUCCUGAACAUCCUCCUCGCCAACCUGUUCGGCCUGCUGGGCAUGCUGGUGGUGAUAAGCUACGGCCUCCCCUGGGUCCUCGUGCCCAUGCUGCCCCUGGCUCUGCUCUACCACCGCACGCAGCACUUCUACCGGCACACCUCCCGGGAGCUGAGGCGCCUGUACAGCCUCACCCUGUCGCCCGUCUACUCGCACUUCUCUGAGACGCUGACUGGGCUGGGAACCAUCCGGGCCAGCGGCAGCUCUUCCAGGUUCGAGGAGGAAAGUGCUAAACGUCUGGAGCAGAACCAACGCUGCCUCUUCCUCAGCAACGCCGCCAUGCAGUGGCUGGACAUCCGCCUGCAGCUGAUCGGAGUAGCUGUGGUGACGGGCCUCGGGGUGAUCGCCGUCGUCCAGCACCAGUUUCACUCUGUUGAUCCAGGUCUGGUGGGUCUGUCCCUGUCCUACGCUCUGUCCAUCACAUCCCUGCUGUCCGGCCUGAUUUUCAGCUUCACGCAGACUGAGAUGCAGCUGGUGAGCGUGGAGCGAACGGAGGAGUACUCCACCGGCCUGCCCACCGAGCCACAGCACCAGGACGCACAGCUCUCCGCUGCGUGGCCCGAGCAGGGCGGGCUGGAGUAUCGCGGUGCGGUCCUGUCGUACAGGGACGGGCUCCCCAACGCCCUGGACGGGGUGAGCCUGGUGGUGCGGCCCGGGGAGAAGGUGGGCAUCGUGGGACGCACAGGCUCCGGCAAGUCCACGCUGUUCCUGGCCCUCUUCCGUAUGGUGGAGCUCGACCGGGGUCAGAUUCUCCUGGACGGGCUGGAUAUCAGCACGCUGGGCCUGGGUCAGCUCAGGUCCAGGUUGGCCAUUAUUCCUCAGGACCCCUUCCUGUUCAGCGGGACCAUCAGGGAGAAUCUGGACCCGUGUGGGCGACACUCAGACCAGCAGCUGCUGGACGUCCUGGACCAGUGUCACCUCAGCUCUGUGGUGGAGCGGAUGGGCGGUCUGGAUGCUGAGGUUGGAGAAAGAGGAAGAAGCUUCUCCGUGGGACAGAGGCAGCUCCUGUGUCUGUGCAGAGCUCUGCUGACUCAGGCCAAGCUCCUGUGCAUCGAUGAAGCCACAGCCAGCGUGGAUCAGAGGACGGACAAACUGCUGCAGCAAACCAUCCGGGACAAGUUCCAGGACAAGACCGUCCUCACCAUCGCCCACAGGAUCAACACGAUCCUGGACUGUGACCGGGUGCUGGUGAUGCAUGCUGGGAAGGUGGCAGAGUUCGACACGCCGGCCGCUCUCUGCCAAAGGGACGACUCCAUCUUUCAGCGGCUGGUCGCUGGGAGAUGAGGCCGAGACGACUCAAAGACCCGGAAGGAGGAAAUCUCUCUGACGUCGUCCAACUUUUCUAUCACAGACUUUAAACACUUUUAUUUUGUCGUCCUGGAACGGACGGUAUUUCUUUUCUACGGACAUUUAUUUCUCUUUUAAAUGGAUUAUUUAAUUUAAUGUUAAAUCUGUAUCUUGUUGUUCAGUAAAAAUCUACUUUUAUUCUCUCUCUAGUUGCAAAGUUGCGCUCACACACCUCGAGGCCGACCUGGACUUUUAGGGUCCGUGACGGAUAUUAGGGAUUGUACAAAUUCUGAUAUUAUACAUUGACCGAUGUAUAUCGAUAAAUCGGUCGGGCUCUAUAUCUCCAAUACAAUCAUUUAUUUAAAAUUAUAAAAACGGUCGCGUCUGAAACUUUGAUCUUCACAAGUUGAAGUUUUCUCUUCUUUUUAAACACAUCGAUGUUUUCUGUUGACUCGGAUGUUUUUGUUCUGCUGCUUUGUUUCCUCCGGUGGUUUUCCUGUGGAGGAUAAAGCAGCCGAGUGGUUGUGUUCAGUUUUGAAUGUUUUGGAAAUAACUUGAAAUAUAAUAAGCAGAUUUCCUGUUGGCGGGGGGGGGGGGAAGUAGACACUGGAGGGAAUGUUGCUUCCUGUCUUGUUACAUUUUAAAGUCUCAGGACUUGUUGCUGUGUAGCAGUGAAUUUAUGGGCAGAAGAUGCAUGAGAAGCCGCUGCAGGUUUAGUGGCCUGAAGCUGAGACACUAAUUUAACUGAGUGAUAUGUCAGUAAUAUCACAGUGGCAGUUAAAGGUUCAUUUAACCUAGGUGCAGUUAUCUGACUGUAGAUCAGUUGCCUCAGCUCUGCUCUACAAGCAACUCAUUGAAAUAAUAACAGACUCUAUGAUUAGGUGUCCCUCAGGGAAGCUGUCUCGGUGUUUCUUGUGUUUUAUCUUCAGAGACUAACGUGUGACCUGAUAAAUCUGGAGCUACGCUGAUGAUGCACUGUUUAAAAGUUAAUUUACUUUUAAUUUCCUUUUUCCAUUAAAAGCAAUGGAAGCAACGGUGUGUGGCUCUGUAGCUGAACACGAUGAGCAUGAUGAGCAUGAUGAGCAAACUUGUAUAACUUUAUUUUAAGUUAUAAAUCUCAUAUAAACAAUGUGAUAAAACAAGGAUUUUUUUCCCUGUUUCAUUGAAUUCAAUUCACUGCUUAACUUUGGAAAAUUUGACCAAAAGACGACAGAAAACUUAAUUUGUUUUUAUUAUUUUUUAAUUUUGUGUGUUUUAUUCACAUGUUCACAUUUUCCUUGUUUACACUGUUCACUAUGAGACUGUAAUUAUUUUUCCCUGUUUAGUUUCUUCUAUGAAAAGCACGUUCACGGCACUUUGUGGAUGUUUGUGUAAGAUUAUUAUUAUUAUAAUAAUUAUAUAAGAUCAUAAGCUCAGAGAUUUCUUGGUUAAUUUAUCGGUUAUUUUAUUUCUGUUCCCUCUCAUCACAACUAAACUACAACCUUUUUAAGAUUAGAAGUUUUUGUAAUGAAGAAACUCAAGUUCUGUUUUUCUAACUCGAGGGAACAUGAAUCCGUCAGACGAGGAUUCACUUUGUGUUUCUCUUUCUGUGGCGACGAUGAGAAAUGUUUUUUACAAACUCUUCGAGAGAAACUUGCUAAAUUGAUUCAACUGGUUUGAACCUCGACUUUUUCAUUCUGCGCUGGGAAGUUUUCUAACUAACAAUUCUUUUCAUUAUGUAUUAAUCUGUUGAUUAUUGAUUCAUUGUUUGGUCUGUAAAGCUUUGAACUGAAGAUUUGAAGAACACGGAACUUCACAUGUUUAGAAAUGUUUACUUGAAAAAGAACUCGACAGAGUGAACAGAUGCUCAAAUCGACCGACUCUAAUGUAAACGUUGAAUUAAAGGAUUUAAACUCAGA